GGGUCCGCAGCCAGCCAUGUUGCAGUGGCGGCUGAUCUGAUUGUAGAUUUUUAAUUUGGUUUACCAUUUUUACCAAGCAAUAAAUAAGAAAAUCUUGAAGGAAAGGUACAUAAAGGUUAUUGGAAUAUAGUGAUUAGAUAUAAUUAUAUUCCAAUAAUAUAACGAAAGAACUAUAAUAUUGUCCAUUUAGAUAUCAAUAAUUUCUUGCGCUUGCAAGUAAUACGUUUAAAACUAAUAAGUCAAACAAAAUGGCUAAAGCCAAAAAGAAAAACAAGGUUAAGGUUCCGAACCAAGCUGCAGAGAUGCCUGAUUUGCCUGCGGAUAUCGAGAAAGUGAUAAGUGACAGUGUAAAAGCUGCUGCCAACAGUUCAGUUGUUCCACCUGUGUUGAUGAAAGUUUGUAGACUUUGUGGUGGUAAAGAGGGUCCUUUUCUCAAUAUUUUUGACCAGGAUCAAAGCACUGCAAUUAAAAUUGACCAGUUGAUGCCAUUCAGGAUUGAAGAAAAUGAUGAUCUACCACACAAAAUAUGUUUUCGUUGCUCUGCAAAACUUGAAGAACUCCACGAAUUUGUCAGCAAGUGCAUAAAAACACAAGAGAAUUUACAUACCAACAUGGGAAAGAAACCUCCAGUUAUAUCUAGAACAAAUACAAGACAGAUGUGGGAAGAAAAGCUUUACAAAUCCAAUAUGACCAAUGAAGAUAUAUGUAAUGCUCUUAUUAAGAAAGCCAUGGAAGGUAUCAAAGAUAUAUCUCGCAGUCCGACACCAGAUGAAGAACCUGUUAUUGCUCCUAAGAAUGAAACUAGAAUUGUAAAUAAACCAGGUCCCUGGUCAAAGAAAGUUCUCAAAAAAAUUGAAGAGGAAAACAAUGUUCAGUUCAAGGAAGUUAAACUAUCAUUAGAUAAAUGUGAUGAACUACCCAAAAGAUCAUUACGAUCUAAAACUGCAGAGAAACCUCCAGAAAGCCCUGUUGAAAGGCGACUAAAACCUACAAGGGAAGCAACCAAGCCUGUUAUCCAAGAUUCCAGUAGUAGUGAUGAUGAUGAGGUUGAAGAAGAACCCAAUGUGAAUAAAAAAAUAACCAGCUUAAGUUUUGACUUUGAUGAAGGACCAAUUGACAACAAAAAGAAUAAAGUUGAAGAAUCCAUACAGAAAAAGACUGAGCCAGAACCACCAGAAAAGCCAUUUAACAUUAUGGAUCAUAUUUGUAUGAUUAAGGUUAAUGGUGUGGGUGUGUUAUUUCAGUGUAAGUUAUGCAAUAGAAAUUUCUUGAAGAAAGAAGUUGUCCAGACACAUUCUUGUGCAAAGAAUGGCAUACCUAAAGUAGACCUCACUAAAAAUAUAAAACCACCGGAGCCCCCUAAAAUAGCCACUGUGAAAUACAUAAACACGAAAGUGGAUGAUGCAAAGAAGGCUGUAGUUAAAGAAGAACCUGUGAAACCACCAUUGGUGAAACCUAAGCCAAGAAUAGGACCAGCUAGUAGAGUUAAACAUAAUAGUGACACAGGCAGUCAAAACCCAAACACAUCCCAAAAUUGUAAUACAUCCCAACAAAUAACCCAGAACCCGCAACAAUUUGUACAGCCAACCACUCCGAAUCCUCAACCAGCGGCACCUGUUGUAAAUUUUCCUUCCAUGCCAGGCCUGAAUGGUCGAUUCAGACUAGUCCCUGGACCAAAUAACACCUUUACCCUAUGUGAAGAUAAUUCUAUUCCAAGUACUAUCACUCCAGCUCCUAGUCUUACAAACAAUGUAAAUGUAACAUACAAUGUUUCACCACCAAUUAGUAAUAAUAUUCCAUCACAAAUUAGUGCUCCCAUAAUUACAAAUAAGAAUGACACAAAGAAAUCAAGAAAAAGAAAGUCAAAUAUUCCAGUAGAAGAAAAUAGUAAAUCUUUGCUUAAACCUCAGUUUUCUGCACAAUCUGUUGUCCCUAAUCAAGAUAUUAUGAAAAGCAGAUCGUUUAUUGAUUUAGUUGAUAGCGAAGAGAGACCUCAAUUCACAAUUACUUCAAGGAAUCCCACCCCAGUAGCACAACAGCCUGUUAUUAAUUCUGUUCAUGACCAACCUUAUCCCGUUGGACUCUUUCAAACUGUGUCCAGAGCACCAGAACCGCCGGCUUUUACAACUCCCGCUAUGAAAAAACAGUCGUAUACUAUAGUACAGACAGGUAAUCCUAGUAAACUGUUAAUAUCUACCAAACCACAGCCAGUUGAAGAGGCUCCAAAGAAAAAGAAGAAGCCGAAACUAUCAAAGGCCCCAGAAGAAGAGAGUCCGCCGUCUUUUAAUGUUACAUUAGAAGAUACAACACGGGCGAAAGAUUCUGGAUUUUUCACGUUUAUCAACGUAGAUCCAUUGCUGCAGCCAUCAUAUGUUUUGCCCACAGAUAACAUAAUACAGGAGUCUCAAAUAUCAACCAGUACCGCUAUGGUGCAACCACCAGCUGCCAGUAAAGACAAAGAUAAGUAUUCAUGUAAUAUGUGUGAUGAGACAUUUUCGAGGGAAAAGAAGUUGUUGGCUCACAUUCAGUCACAUUUUACCAAGAUGGAUGAGGAAGAUCAGCGAAGAGCUGAAAAAUCUGAACCAAGAAAGAGGAGUAAGAGACUUUAAGUUGCAUUUUAUUAAGUUUAGUUUUCAUACUGGGUGUAUUCACUAUGUGAUCACAAGGAGAUGACUACUUACUUCCCUCAUAUGGUUAAAAUCGAGAAAAAAUACAGGCACUUAAACAUGACAAUUAUAAACUCGCUCUUAUUAUAAAUAU